AUGGUGUCAUGUCUUUGUGAGAAUGAUAUUUUUGAAAAAGAGUUCAAACGAUGGAAAGAGGAGGAUGAGGUUUACAGUGAAAGCCACGGCUUCCCUGCAAUGUUGGAUCAAGUCAGAAAACAACCUUAUAUGACAUUUGUUGGUGUCCCAGGAUCUGGGAAAUCAGCAACGAUUCAUCACAUAGCCCUGAUACUCCUGAAGGAAGAGUAUAAGGUUGUACCUAUUAUAGACAUCAGGAAGAUUGAAGAUUAUUCUGACUCUCGUUAUCCACAGGUUUUUGUCAUUAAUGAUGUGGUAGGUGUUUUAGGUCUGCAAAAACAAAAGUUAGAGACAUUGACAGACUAUGAAAAAAGAAUUUCAAAUCCGUCCAAUAGAAAUUCAAAGGUAUUAAUGUCAUGUAGGGAAGCCGUGUUUAAUGAAUGUUACAAAUCAUUUUUCUCAAAUGAAAAUAACACAAUUAAGAUGCAUAUUUCCGAAAAUAUAUUGAACGAUGAAGAUAAGAAAGCGAUCCUUCAGAAACACGGCAUAGAUAGAGAGUUGUUGACUCCUGCAUUACUGGGGGACACAUUGGAUAUGUUUCCUCUGCUGUGUAAACUAUAUUCAAAAGAGGAGAAAUUUAGAAAAAAUGUUGAAAGGGUCUUUACCUGUCCAGCCGGAUGUAUUUUAAGUCAAUUUGAUGAAAUGCAAGGGCGAAAUAGAUUAUGCUAUGCUACAUUGGUUUUGUGCAUGUUAAAUGACAAUAAACUAUCACAAGAAACAUUGAAAAACACAGGAAAUGGUGAUUUUUGCGAAAUGAAAUCGAAAGUAUCAGAAAAAUGUAAAAUUGAAAAAGACACUGAUGCAUAUAAAUUUGAAGAAGCGUUGGGAGUGAUGGAGGGUACAUAUACGAAACUCUGUGGUGCUGAGUAUACAUUUAUUCACGACUCUGUGUUUGAAAUUCUUGCAUAUCAUUUUGGUUCUCAGUUUCCAGAAUUGUUUAUAAAAUAUAUCAGCAGUAGUUACAUUGCUAGUAAAUUGAAAAUACAAGAAUUCCAGGACUCAUUUGAUCUCUGCAUAAGGUUAAGAGAGGAUCAGUACUUUAUGUUAGCGGAGCGUUUGUACAGAGAUAUAGAAAAUAUGGAGCUGCAUGAUGUUUUUAUGAAUGAUGUUUUGAAACACCCAAGAGUUUGUCAGGUUUUUAUUGAGGUGUUAGAGACAAAGUCGUACAUAGAGUUGAAGUCUUUAUUUCUGUCAGAACAGAAAGAUGUGUCUAAGGUAGUGAGUAAAGGAAAACGUGUGAGGGAGGAGAUUGAGAAGAGGGAUGAGAGGAGCAGGGAAUGGCACAGACAGGAGGUGUUGGUGAAUGAGAAAAAACAUUAUAGAGAAACAACAUACAGUGUGAGGGUUAUCAGUUGGGUGGUUUACUACGGACACAAUAAGAUCUUACAAUAUAUUUUAAAACAAACUGAAUUAAACAAAGAAACAGAGACUGAACUAUUUUGGCGUUCCUUUAGCCCCAGGUUAAAAUAUGAAGCAAAAAAAGGGGAAAAUAACAUUGAAAAAAGUAUUGCAACAGUCAAAUUAUCUUUAUCAAACUUCAUUUGUGAUGCAACAAAUCAAAAACAGGAAAAUAGUCAUGGUGAUUUAGACACUGUAAGAAUAUUAAUCAAGUAUGUCGAUAUAAAAAUGACAAACAAAAACAUCCAAUAUUUGUUUAACGAUACACCACUGACAGCAGCAUGUAGAGGUGGACAUAUGAGUGUAAUGAAGGAGCUUAUAGAAGCCGGAGCUGGUAUCAAUCAACAAGGUAAGUAUGAUACACCAUUGACAGCAGCAUGUGAGGGUGGAUAUAUGAGUGUAGUGAAGGAGCUUAUAGAAGCCGGAGCUGAUAUCAAUCCUAAAGGUACGUAUCAUACACCACUGACAGCAGCAUGUGAAGGUGGACAUCUGAGUGUAGUGAAGGAGCUUAUAGAAGCUGGAGCUGAUAUCAAUCCAAAAGGUGAGUUUGAUACACCAUUGACAGCAGCAUGUAAGGGUGGCCAUAUAAGUUUAGUGAAGGAGCUUAUAGAAGCCGGAGCUGAUAUCAAUCAAAAAAGUGAGUUUGGUACACCAUUUACAACAGCAUGUAAGGGUGGACAUACGAGUGUAGUGAAGGAGCUUAUAGAAGCUGGAGCUGAUAUUAAUCUACAAGGUAGGUAUGAUACACCACUGACAGCAGCAUCUAAGGGAGGACAUAUGAGUGUAGUGAAGGAGCUUAUAGAAGCCGGAGCUGAUAUCAAUCCUAAAGGUAUGAUUGAUAAACCGCUGACAGCAGCAUGUGAAGGUGGCCAUAUAAGUUUAGUGAAGGAGCUUAUAGAAGCCGGAGCUGAUAUCAAUCCUAAAGGUACGUUUGAUACACCGCUGACAGCAGCAUAUCAGGGUGGACAUAUGAGUGUAGUGAAGGAGCUUAUAGAAGCCGGAGCUGAUAUCAAUCCUAAAGGUAUGUUUCAUACACCGCUGACUGAAGCAUCUAAAGGUGGUUAUAUGAGUGUAGUGAAGGAGCUUAUAGAAACAAGAGCUGAUAUCAAUCCUAAAGGUACGUAUGAUACACCGCUGAGAGCAGCAUGUAAGGGUGGUUAUUUGAGUGUAGUGAAGGAGCUUAUAGAAGCCGGAGCUGAUAUCAAUCCUAAAGCAGCAUGUGAGUGUGGCCAUAUAAGUUUAGAGAAGGAGCUUAUAGAAGCCGGAGCUGAUAUCAAUCCUAAAGGUACGUAUGAUACACCGCUGAGAGCAGCAUGUAAGGGUGGUUAUUUGAGUGUAGUGAAGGAGCUUAUAGAAGCCGGAGCUGAUAUCAAUCAAACAGGUAAAUUUGAUACACCACUGACAGCGGCACGUACGGGUGGACAUAUGAGUUUAGUGAAUGAGUUACUAGAAGCUGGAGCAGAUAACUUUCAAGAUAAGUCUAAAACACCAUUAUGCUGUUGUCAAUGCUGA